GCCAUUUUGUUCCGCCGGAGAAGCCCCUAAGAUGGCGGCAGGGGAGACGGUGAAGGUUGCCGCCCGCCCCUCCGGGCGUUAGUCCGCGCCCUCCGCGUCCCCCGGCGGCCGGCCCAUGGCCUGGCGGAAGCCCGCGCCAUGGACCUCCGCACCGCCGUGUACAACGCCGCCCGCGACGGCAAGCUGCAGCUGCUUCAGAAGCUGCUCAGCGGCCGGAGCCGGGAGGAGCUGGACGAGCUGACGGGUGAGGUGGCCGGCGGGGGGACGCCGCUGCUCAUCGCCGCCCGCUACGGCCACCUGGACGUGGUCGAGUACCUGGUGGACCGGUGCGGCGCGAGCGUGGAGGCGGGCGGCUCGGUGCACUUCGACGGCGAGACCAUCGAGGGCGCGCCGCCGCUGUGGGCCGCCUCGGCCGCCGGCCACCUGGACGUGGUGCGCAGCCUGCUGCGCCGCGGGGCGUCGGUGAACCGCACGACGCGCACCAACUCGACGCCGCUGCGCGCCGCCUGUUUCGACGGGCACCUGGAGGUGGUGCGCUACCUGGUGGGCGAGCACCAGGCCGACCUGGAGGUGGCCAACCGGCACGGCCACACGUGCCUCAUGAUCUCCUGUUACAAGGGCCACCGCGAGAUCGCCCGCUACCUGCUGGAGCAGGGCGCCCAAGUGAACCGGCGCAGCGCCAAGGGCAACACGGCCCUGCACGACUGCGCCGAGUCCGGCAGCCUGGAGAUCCUGCAGCUGCUGCUCGGCUGCCACGCCCGCAUGGAGCGCGACGGCUACGGCAUGACCCCGCUGCUGGCGGCCAGCGUCACGGGCCACACCAACAUCGUGGAGUACCUCAUCCAGGAGCAGCCUGCUGGGGAGGGGGGCCCCUCCGCCGGCCCGGGAUGUGUGCCGCCCCCGGGGCCCCGCGGCCGCAGCUCCUCCCCGGAGGACGCGCUCGGUGACGCGUACGAGAGCUGCUGCCCCACGAGCCGGGAGGCCGCCGUGGAAGCCCUCGAGUUGCUGGGAGCCACCUACGUGGAUAAGAAGCGGGACCUGCUCGGGGCCCUGAAACACUGGAGACGGGCCAUGGAGCUGCGUCACCAGGGCGGCGCGUAUCUGCCCAAACCGGAGCCCCCGCAGCUGGUCCUGGCCUAUGACUAUUCCAGGGAGGUGACCACCACCGAGGAGCUGGAAGCGCUCAUAACCGACCCGGAUGAGAUGCGCACGCAGGCCCUGUUGGUCCGGGAGCGCAUCCUGGGGCCGGCCCACCCGGACACGUCCUACUACAUCCGCUACCGGGGGGCGGUGUACGCCGACUCGGGCAAUUUCGAGCGCUGCAUCCGCUUGUGGAAGUACGCCCUGGACAUGCAGCAGAACAACCUGGAGCCCCUGAGCCCCAUGACCGCCAGCAGCUUCCUCUCCUUCGCCGAACUCUUCUCGUACGUGCUCCAGGACCGGGCGGCCAAGGGCAGCCCGGGCGCGCAGAUCGGCUUUGCGGACCUCAUGGGCGUGCUCUGCAAAGGAGUGCGGGAGGUGGAGCGGGCCCUGCAGCUGCCCAAGGAGCCCGGGGAGUCGGCCCAGUUCACCAAGGCCUUGGCCAUCAUCCUCCACCUGCUGUAUCUGCUGGAGAAGGUGGAGUGCACGCCGGACCAGGAGCACCUGAAGCACCAGACCGUGUACCGGCUGCUGAAGUGCGCCCCCCGGGGCAAGAACGGCUUCACCCCUCUGCACAUGGCCGUGGACAAGGACACCACAAACGUCGGCCGCUACCCGGUGGGCCGGUUCCCCUCUCCGCAGGUGGUCAAGGUGCUGCUUGACUGCGGGGCGGACCCAGACAGCCGGGACUUUGACAACAACACCCCGCUGCACAUAGCGGCCCAGAACAACUGCCCCGGGAUCAUGAACGCCCUGAUCGAAGCGGGCGCCCACAUGGAUGCCACCAAUGCCUUCAAGAAGACCGCCUACGAGCUGCUGGAUGAAAAGCUGCUGGCCAAGAGCACCAUUCAGCCCUUCAACUAUGUGACCCUGCAGUGCCUUGCGGCCCGCGCCCUGGACAAAAACAAGAUCCCCUACAAGGGCUUCAUCCCCGAGGAGCUGGAGGCUUUCAUCGAGCUGCACUGACGGGGUCCUGAGAGCCGAGAAGCCGGGAAGAGUGGGGCCCACGCUCGUCUCCCCGCCUCCCCGCCUCCCCCCACCCCCGAGCCCUUCGGCAGCGGGAAACAGAAGGGCUCUCCAGUCUCCAGAGCCCCUGUCCCCUCCGCUCUGCGGAGAGGGGAAAGGAGUCAGCAAGUCGUUGGUGCUCGAAGCCUUCCGCAUCAGGCGCUCGCUCGAGGAACUGGCCCUCUCCGGGAGCCCGCGAGCCUGUCUUUGAUCGGGGGAAGUUGCACGCGCGUCCACACAUCCCAUCUGCCCGGGUCUCGGAGGACUUUUGCCUUCUUGCCUCGAGGCAGAGGGAGCGAAGCUUUUGCCUUCCUUUCCGAGAACCGGGAAGAAGCUGAGGAUCGGGUCCCUGCUUUUUCGCCCCCGCUGCGGCCCAGUGCGGUGUGAGGACGGGGGAGGGGGGCGCUCCCAGGUGGCGGGUCGGAGAAGCCGGCCGACUCUCAGUUCUCCAGCGCGCCUGCGCCCUGCUCCCUGCCCCCAGCCGUCACCACGGGCCGUGGGCAGGGCUCGCUGCCCGGGCGGCCUGCCCCUCGCAUGGCUUUCGUUGGUGUGGUGUUGCGUUUCUUAGUGAGCGGGCAGGUUACAGGCGUGGCGCAGGAGGCCACAAGUUGUGCGG